AUGUAACAUGCAUUUCUACAUGCGUGUGCAUAUAUAUACAUAUGGGUUAAUAGUGGUUAGUAGUUAACCGCGAAUUCCUGCUAUGAGUUGAUACAUCAAUGUCCAAUUGUGAGACUAAUGAAGUUGUGUCUUAUUCGAAGGAAAAGAAAAUCGAAUUAUAUACUUCAGCAACAGCGUAGCGAAGUAGGAAGCGUUUUUACAGAGAUCCUCGUGUGUACGAUUCCGAAAAUAAACGGAUUAGAUAUAAUGCCGUUGGCAACUCUAACGGCUCCUUGGACCGAGCACCGCAUAAAUGAGAAGCAAAGCACAGAGAUUCUUCCGGCCGAAAAUCAGGAAGAAGCAAUGAUUCAAGGAAAUUUACUGGAAAGAUCAAAUGGGUGCUCAGAGUCACAUGAGAUUGAAGUACGUGAUAUGGUGCGGGAAGGUUAUGAAAAAGCUGAACCUUCUCAUUUUGAACUGUUAAAAGUCCUUGGACAAGGUUCCUUUGGCAAGGUAUUUUUAGUAAGAAAGGUUGUUGGAAAUGAUAGUGGUACGCUAUAUGCUAUGAAAGUUUUAAAAAAAGCAACGUUAAAAGUUCGUGAUAGAGUUAGAACUAAAAUGGAAAGAAAUAUAUUGGUUGAUGUAGAACAUCCAUUUAUUGUCCGAUUGCACUAUGCAUUUCAAACGGAAGGAAAACUCUAUCUAAUUCUAGAUUUUUUAAGAGGGGGUGAUCUUUUUUCCAGAUUAUCCAAAGAGGUAAUGUUUACAGAGGAAGAUGUUAAAUUUUAUUUGGCCGAAUUAGCACUCGCUCUGGAUCAUAUACAUAAGCUCGGAAUUAUUUAUCGAGAUCUCAAGCCUGAAAAUAUUUUAUUAGAUACGGAAGGUCACAUAUCUCUGAGAUUUGGCUUAAGCAAACAACCAUUGGACGAUUCAAAAGCGUAUUCGUUUUGUGGCACUGUUGAAUAUAUGGCACCGGAUGUCAAUAGAAAAGGACAUACUUUUACAUCGGAUUGGUGGAGUUUUGGUGUCUUAAUGUUUGAAAUGCUGACAGGUGCUCUUCCAUUCCAAGCAAAUCGUAAAGAAACAAUGACACAAAUCUUGAAAGCUAAGCUCGGAAUGCCACAUAAUCUUUCACCAGAAGCACAAGCACUUUUGAGGGUAUUGUUUAAGAGAAAUCCAGCGAACCGCCUUGGUUCUGGUGGGGUGGAAGAAAUUAAGAGCCAUAUUUUCUUUGCUACUAUCGAUUGGGGUGCUCUUUAUAAAAAGGAAAUAAGGCCACCAUUUAAACCAGCUGUUAGAGAAGACGAUGCGUUUUACUUCGAUAGCGAAUUCACCUGUAAAACACCUAAAGGUGACCCCGGGGUACCACCUAGUGCGACUGCUCACGAAUUAUUUCGCGGAUUCAGUUUCGUUGCGCCCUGUUUGCUUGCGGAUACGGACCAUGUGAAAUCUCCGGAGAGCAAAACUUACGAUAGUAUCAGCGCUGUCUUUCCAGCUUAUGUCAAUUCCGUUUCUAUAACUGACGAAUACGAAUUCAAACACGAGAUUGGCAAAGGAAGCUACAGCGUAGUUUACUUAGCGGUCCAUAUAGCAUCCAAGACAGAGUAUGCUGUGAAGGUGAUCGAAAAAUCAAAACGAGAUCCGACGGAGGAAAUAGAGAUUUUAUUACGAUACGGUAGACAUCCUCAUAUCGUAACAUUGAGAGGUGUUCACGAAGACGACAAACGAGUGUAUCUCGUCCUGGAACUUCUGCGCGGUGGUGAGCUUCUUGAUCAUUUGCUGCAAAGACGAAACUUCACUGAACGCGAAGCUGCCGAAGUCAUUUUCACUAUCACAAAUGUGGUGCAUUAUCUUCACGAGAACGGAGUCGUUCAUAGAGAUUUGAAGCCAUCGAAUAUUCUAUAUGCAAAAUCUGGUGGUGAUCCAACGACACUUUGUAUAUGCGAUCUCGGGUUCGCAAAGCAAUUACGAGCGGAAAAUGGUUUAUUAAUGACGCCUUGUUACACUGCAAACUUUGUAGCCCCUGAAGUAUUGAAGCGUCAAGGAUACGAUGCAGCGUGUGAUAUUUGGUCGCUCGGAGUUCUAUUAUACAUCAUGUUAGCUGGGUACACACCUUUCCGUAAUAGUCCAGGAGACAGUGCGAGCGAUAUAUUAGAUCGGAUCGGGCCGGGAUAUAUAGACGUAGAAAGCGGGAUAUGGUGCCAUAUUUCGAAUGAAGCUAAAGAGCUGGUUAAAAGGAUGUUGCAUGUAGAUCCCACUCGAAGGCCUACAGCAGCAGUUAUUUUAAAAUAUCCAUGGAUUAUAAAUCGACACUGCAUACCUCAAAAAAUAUUACCGGAUGUUAUUAAGGAUCCGCAUAAUUUGAAGAUGGCAGUAGCUGCGACGUAUAGAGCAAUGGCGAGUAGUCCAAGAUCACCCCAUAUUGGUCCUGUGGUUAUGUCUGAGUUAGCACGUCGUAGAACACAAGGCAAAACUGCUGGUCCCACUCAAGUUUAAACUUAACAUCUGUUGUAUAUGACAAGUUCAAUUUUUAGAUUCAAGAUUUACUCAGAAAUAGGAUAUAUAUAACAAAGUUGUUUAAAGUACAAGCGAUUUAAAAUAUUGGAAAUAGUUUAAAUUGACGAUAUCGUGAUUAAUCUCUCAAUAUCGUAAAUAUUGUCAAUGGAGAGUUUACAGAAGGACGUUUAUGACAGAGAGCCGAAUGUGAUAUUUAUUUAUAAUUUUCCAUAUAUAUAUAUAUUGUCUUUAAUAUAUAUACUUAUAUAUAUAUAUUAUAUGCGCCUAUAUAUUUGUCACAUGUUGCCAUGGCUCGCGGAAGUGCAAACAUUUGUGACAAUAAUUAAUUGUCAAAAAGUAUGUGCUUUCUUCUGAAUAUUUUUUUAUUUAAUUACCAUAUAUUUCAUGAUAGAAUGUAGUAUGAAAGAUGUUGAAGUAAUAAUCAUGUUGAAAUAAUAAUCAAUUACAGUUCUCUCAAAUAAUCCAUAAAUAUUUAAUAACAUAAAGAUAUUCUGAUGUAUUAUGUGUAAAAUUUUAUCUGUGCAAUGUAGUUAGGUAAGAUUAAUUUUUUAACUACAUGUAUACCGAAUAAGUGUCUUAUAUAUUUCCGCCUAAAGUUUGAACUUUUAAAAACGUUUCUGAAAAUUCCAGUGUUUUUAUGGGCACGAGUUCUAAAAGACGUGUGAUGUAAUUACGAAAUCGUGCAAAAUAAAACUAUUUAAUCAUUGUUUAAUUGUAA